UGCACUGAGGGGUCUUGAUGCUCAGGCGAAGGAUGAGGACUCACACCAGAGACAAAGCAAGGGACUGAUCCAGUAUCUCAAACGUCUCCUCGGUCAUGGCAGGUGUGCAGCUGACCCCACUCCUCUGCCUUCUGUUGGUGAUCUCCCUUAGUCUAUGCCACGCCGAGAAGAUCCGCUCCGGGAGUCCAGGAGGACACGAUACGACGGAGAGCCCCCAUCACGCCGGCACCGCAAACCCUCACCCAGACAACGGAACGGGUCACCAUGACAGCGCGGCUCAAACUUGCCACAGCGACAGUGGUCACGGCGAGCAUCAUGGAGGGGAGCCCAUCACGACGCUUCCCAUCGUGACCUGGAAGUGGCACCACGUGACAGACCCCUACCUGGUGACCGUGUGGAUUCUGGUGUGCUGGCUCUGUAAACUUGUGAUCGAAGCCAACCAUCAUGUGACUGAAAUCAUCCCGGAGAGCGCCCUGCUCAUCUGCUUUGGAUUCGUCUUGGGCGGGAUGAUUUGGGGUGCAGAUAAAGUUCAGACCUUCACGCUGACCCCUACGGUCUUCUUCUUCUACCUGCUGCCGCAAAUCAUCCUGGACGCGGGCUACUUCAUGCCCAACAAGCUCUUCUUCAGUAACAUGGGGGCCAUCAUGGUGUACGCCAUCAUUGGGACCUGCUGGAAUGCUGCCACCGUCGGGCUGUCGCUGUGGGGGUGCCACCAGGGGGGAGCCAUGGGCGACCUGGACAUUGGUCUCCUUCAGUAUCUUCUCUUUGGCAGUCUCAUUGCUGCGGUGGACCCUGUAGCGGUCCUGGCUGUGUUUGAGCAGGUCCACGUCAAUGAGGUUCUCUUCAUCCUGGUGUUUGGAGAGUCUCUGCUCAACGACGGCGUCACUGUGGUGCUCUUCAACGUGUUUGAUGCCUUCGUUUCUCUGGGAGGAUCCCAAAUCAAUGCAGCAGAGAUUGUCAAAGGGAUAGUCUCCUUCUUCGUGGUGGCAUUUGGUGGAUCUCUCCUGGGGAUGGUGUUCGGGAUGCUGCUCUCUCUGCUGACCAGAUGCACUAAAAACAUCCAAAUUAUUGAGCCAGGUUUCAUCUUCGUGGUGGGCUAUCUUGCCUACCUGACUGCCGAGAUGCUGUCCUUGUCCGCCAUCUUGUCGAUUGUCUUCUGUGGCGUGGCCUGCCAGAAGUACAUCAAUGCCAACAUGGAUGAGAAGUCCGUCAUAACAGUUCGAUACUUCAUGAAGGUUCUGGCAAACGGCUCAGAAACCAUUAUUUUCGUAUUUCUGGGAAUCUCGGCUGUGGACAAGGCUUUGUGGGUGUGGAACACAGGCUUCGUCCUCCUCACCCUCCUCUUCAUCCUGGUCUACAGAAUCAUUGGCGUGUUCUUCCUCACCUUUAUCCUAAACAAGUUCCGGUUGGUCCCCUUGGAGGUCAUUGACCAGAUUAUCAUGAGCUACGGUGGGCUCCGAGGUGCAGUGGCUUACGGCCUGGCAGUGAUGCUGGAUGAGAACAAGAUCAAGGAGAAGAAUCUGAUGGUCAGCACCACGCUGAUCGUUGUCUACUUCACGGUCAUCCUUCAGGGAGUUACCAUGAAACCUCUGGUCAAAUGGCUGAAGGUGAAGACGGCCGCUGUCUCCGAAGUUACACUUAUUGAAAAAGUGCAGAAUAAGAUGUUUGACCACAUGUUGGUGGCCGUUGAAGAUAUCUCUGGACAGAUUGGACACAACUACAUGAGGGACAAAUGGAAACAUUUUGAGGAGAAGUGGAUGUCGAGGGUUUUCAUGAAACCGUCUGCCAGGAAGAACCGUGACCUUGUCUUCAAUGUCUUCCACAAGCUGAACCUCAAGGACGCCAUGAACUACGUGGCUGAGGGCGAACGAAGAGGAUCCCUGGAGUUUAUUCGGAAUGAGUCAGCAUUUGUCAACUUCAAGAAGAAGUUUGGGGAUGAAUUUUCCGAAGUCAUUCCCGACAUCAUGGCAGACACAUCCGACUAUUACAGCCCAGCCAACCCAAGGCGAGACCCCGUACCGUCGAUCAGCUUAGAAAUGCACGAGCCGACGAUGAACGGCAUGAGAGAGAGCGAGGACAUUAACAGCCACCACUUGUUGCAGACACAUCUGUACAAGAGCAGGAAGCAGCACCGUCACCGAUACAGUCGCAGCCACUUUGACCUCAACAAGGACGAGAACGAGGUGCAAGAGAUCUUCCAAAGAACCAUGAGGAACCGGUUAGAGUCCUUCAAGUCUGCAAAGAUGGGGGUCGCCCCACCAAAGACCAUCUCCAAACAUUCCAAGAAAGACCAGCUGCCAAAGGACAAAACUAAAAGUUACUACUUGGGUGAAGCAGAUUUGGACCCGACAGAGAGGGCUGCAGCCAUGGGCUACCAAGCAUCAGGAGGGUCAUUCCCCAUGAGGGUCACCUACAGAGCAGGAGACGGCAUUGAGAAUCCAGCCUUUUUGCCCGAGAUCGACACGUUACAGAUCCCACCAUGGUUGGCGGAGGGGGAGCCGGACAGUAGUAUGGUGGCACCAUCUCAAAGAGCUCAGGUGGGUUUGCCAUUGACUCCGAGCAACCUGCGACGCCUGGCCCCGCUUCGGAUCAGCACUCGCUCGACGGACUCCUUCGCGAUAGCGGACAGGCAUGCGAUGCAGGCAAGAGGCGAGCAAGACGAGGAGGAAGAGGAGGAGGAGUUCCCACUGCCUCCAGCUCCUACGUAUCCACCACCUCCGCCCGACCACUUAUAGUCCACCUUGACCUGAAGGCUGUUUUUCUUUUUGUGUUUGCUGAAUCUUAAUCCAGUCUAAACAUUCACAAUCCACUAACCUUUGAGCUGUCUUUGACGCCACAAGCUCAAGUUUUAUUGGCCAGAACUGGUUUAACAUUCUGUUUUCGACAGGUCACACAUUCAGAACGAUCCCAGUGAGGAAUCUCAGAACCACACACGGGCCGCACUAGAUCAGUAACAUGAUCCAAAAUUUGCUUGAAUCUUGCUAAAUUGAUUUCUUUACCUCUUUAACUGUUCACAGAUGUCAUUGUAGGUGGAUCUGUAAAUUGUGGACACACUCAUUGAUAACAUUGCACUUUAACUUUUUCAACUUAAGUUUAAAAUAGCGGGUAGAUAAACAGAUAAAAUGCUAACAUAUAUAAUCCAAUCUUUCUUUUUCUAACUAUUUAAUCAUUCUAGUAUAAAUAUGAUGCUCCGGUAACAUUGCUAAAAGGCUAACAAUGAUUAAACGAAGCGUCAUUGGAGAUUUCAUUUCAUUUAGAUGCACCUGCUGAACUGUCAUCAAAGAGAAUAAACAGCCAGAACACUCCAACACAGCAGUAGUAAACCUGAUGGUACAGUAACACACUUUAUUCAAAUUGAAGAGCUAACAUUGUCACUAAAGCCGCUGGUAAAAUCCCUCCUAAAUGUGAAUGCUAAAGAGGUUCACAUAUAAACAACAGCCUAGCAAUAACAGGAUACUGCUUAGCUGCAAAUCUAACCAAGCGGAAAAGUGAAUUUUUCCAACUAACGUAGUUUAGCGAAUUCAGCAAGUGCUCAUGUAGUAGUUCAUCGAAACUAUUGUGCAAUUGCUACAAUAUUGCUCAUGCUAAUGCUUACAUUUGAAGCUCAAACCAGCGACAGGCCCAACAAAAUGUAUAUUUAUUGAAGAGUCCAUAGCUGGUAGUUCUAAAACAGGAGUUACUGUACUUGAAUGUGAUAUCAGUCUUUAAUUUUCAAUUUUGGGGGCUCACUUUAGCAUUUAGCAUAACAUCCUCUGACACACACACACACAAAUAUAUGCAAAUAUACACAAUACACUAAUAUAUCCUUUAUUGAUUCACCUUCCUUUCCAGAUAAGUUAUUGUUUCAGAUCUCCACUUGCUAGAAAAUAGCAAAUAGAAAAUUCGAACUACAAGGCUCAAACAUUGUAGUCACGAACGUCAAAACAGUGUCAUUUCUGGACUGAAUCUUUAUUGACAACCAACCAGCUCUCGCAGCCCGAGUGAAAUGACUUUUCUGAAAAGACACAGUACAAGUGCUAGCAUACUUGCUACCAUAGCUGCAGAUCCGCCAACAUGAGCAUAAGCUGUGUUAGCCAUGUUAGCCACAAUAACGAGUGAAACUGAACACCGGAGCUCUACUCACUAGUUACUGAAGAAAUUAUGAAAUGACUUGGUGAUAAUCAUUGAUGACCCGCUCACUUGCUGUGCUCCAGGCUGAGAAGGAGUUGGUGCACAGUUGUGAUUGAUAAAUAUUGCUGUAGAAAUGUAACAAUACUGAUAAACUCUUGACUGCUAUCAAGACUUCGAUGAACCUGAUUGUCAUCAUCUGAGUGAAAUUUUGUUUCUCUCUGUCAACUGGGACAAGCGGCUCUGUGGAUGUUACAACUUCUGUGUAUUUAUUUUAUUACUUUGUGACUGUGUUUGAAACGUGUCCGCUAAUUUAAAAUCUCUGAACAAAACUGUUGUGUUGAUUCAUGUGUCAGGAAGCGACGGGCUGGACAGUGUUUCCCCAUUUGUUGUGUCUGAAUAAAAAUG